AUGAUGUCGAGGGAAAUAGAGUCGGGGCAUUGGCGAGUGGCAUAUAACGUCGAGGGAAAUACUGUCGAGGUGUGGGCAGGAGGUAGAAUGUCGAAGAAAGUAUACUUGGUGUUCUGGAGGGAGAUACACGCUAAUAGAAGUACAGUCGGGGUACAGGAUGGUGUGCCGCGAACUGCGUAUCUUGGUGUUGUAACGUGUUUCGUUUACGGGGUACGAAUUUAUAUAGCACCGAAUCCGAGCAGCUGGGAGAAGUAUGAUCCGAAAUGGGAGGCACUGCCGAGCGCAAACGAUGUCAUCACUUUCUUGUAG